CAUCGUCUAGUUCUCCAAGAUCCAGCAAUACUGAAAUGCUCACACGUCCUAAUUACAACUGCACAAACAAUCAAAAAGAAGUUCAAAAUGUGAUAAAAAAAGUUACAGAAAGUACAGAACCAAAGAAGACUAGGAAAAGGUUACGUAAGGAAUUUUACGAAAUUUGGGCAGAGUGUACGUCCUGUGCAAAAUCUAAAAGAAUAGUACCAGCAAAAAUUAUGAAACCACCUUGUUCCAAUAAAUGCAAAUACAAAUGUAUCAACAGGAUAACCCAGGAACAACGAUCAAUAUUGUUUGACGAGUAUUACAAUUUAAUAGAUAUUAAUAGAAAACGAGAAUUUAUAUCUAGAAACUGGAGUCGAUUCAGCCAAACUACAGAUACCCACAGCCUAACAGCAGAAGAUUAAACAAUGCUUUUUAUUUUCAAAUUAAUCAAGACAAAAUUCGAGUGUGUAAAUUGUUUUUUAUGAGAACCUUGGAUAUAAAUGCUAGAACUAUCUAUACAGUAAUACAAAAAAGAACAUCUUCUGGAUCUGUUAGCGAUGAUAAAAGAGGUAAACAUGGGAAGCAUAAAAGAGUAGAUGAUGAUAUUAAAAAUGGUAUCAAAGAAUUUAUAGCCUCAAUACCGAGAAUAGAAAGCCACUACUUGGGGGUUCAGAGCAACAAAGAAUAUAUUGAAGGUGGAAAAACAAUAGCAGAUUUGCAAAGGGAAUACCAAAUGCAGUGCGAAAUUGCCAAUAAACCUUAUGGUAACUAUCAUCUUUUCUCGGAUAUAUUUAACAGGGAGUUUAAUAUAUCCUUUUAUGUACCAA